UUGCAUACCAGAGCCCCUCAUUCAUGGGCAAGGGGUAUAUCGGGCCUUGUAUGCAGACCCUAUUGUUCCUGUAUUUGCCUUAGAAAAUUCCACAGAGUGUGGGAACUUUUGUGAAAACCACCAGCGGGGCGUUACAAGAUUGGAGGCCAGUUUAUGUGAAGUGUGACUGUGAUGAACACACUACUACCACAGACCACAACUGACUAAGUCAUCAACAGACAUGAUGUACCUCUGGUACUAUUAUUAGAUCUGAGAGAUAAGCAGUCAAGUACAAGUACACAGAUGUUUCUGUGAUGGAGUUCAGGUCCUCAUCAGAUAACAGUCUUGAGAUACAAUUCUGAUUUUCUGAAAGCCUGGACUAGAGUAUGCAGCUCACAUGUGACCAUCAAUCACAUGUAGUCUGUGCUCCCAGUGAGUCUUUGAAAGUCAGUAACUAACAGGAAAUAGUGAAAACUUUUGAGAGAUUUCACAAUCACUGUGCAUGCUGUGUGGAAGUCAGAGUGUUUAUAGGUACUGUGCCACAGAGCAAGGUACCGGUAUACUGUCACUGUUGAAUUGUCAUCAUCGGUGUACGCUUAUACUUGUGAGCUAAGGACCGACGAGUGACCUCCAGAUUAGUCGGGUCAAGUAGGACAACUUCUGGUACACGCUUUCAGUGCUGGUGAAGGCAACAAUCCGCUGAAACCAUCAUGUCGAGCUAGGAACUUGGGGAAACAUACCUCCCACCCACCCCUCCUCAAGUCCAAGGAAUUACCAAGGAUUCUACCAGGAAGUAAGGGAUUUAUUCCAGCAACUCCUCUCUCCGGAAAAAGAUUUUUGUCUUGCUGGUGGCUGUUUGGUCUGGAUAAUUGUGGAAGUCGUAAAACAGUCAAAGCGAGUCAUCAUGCUGAAGUUUGUGAGUAAGACACCGAGUCCGCUGAAGCCAGGACAACAACCGUGGGACCAAAACAAGCAGAAGUAUGGAAUGUACAUCUUGGAUCUCAAUCAGAAUUAUGAUAAUGCCUUGGUCUACCAAGACGGCAAUCUUAACUCCGGCACAUUAGAGGCUUUUGUGCAGCACAUGGUACCCACCGUGGACUAUUACCCAGAUAGAACGUACCUGUUUGCCUUUCUCCUCAACUCCCGCCUCUUCAUCAAGCCCCACCAGCUCCUCCACGAUGUCUGCCAGGUCUGCAUCCGGCAGCAGAAGCUGGGCAGCCCCGAGAUGGACAGGGAAUCCUCCAAGAAAUUCAGCCUCAAACUCCUGCAAUUGCUCAUUGAGUGGACAGAGACAUUUCCUUAUGACUUCAGAGACGAGCGCAUGAUGAGACAUCUGAGGGACAUCACGCAGAAGUGCGUUGCGGUGGAUCAGAGCCUGAGGAAGACUGUUGGCCAGCUCAUGCAGGCAUUAAUCAGAAAGCUGGCUACGUUAGAGAAGUACGAGGACGUCUUGUCGAGAGUCAACUCAGCCGCCACGGAGCGGAUGCAUUCAUUGCGGACAAACCCAGCAGCAUUCCAGACCAACAUCAUUGACGUCUGCCCGAGUGCUUACGUCUUAGCGCAGCAGCUCACACACAUAGAGCUGGAGCGGUUAGCAAACAUUGGACCCGAGGAGUUUGUGCAAUCAUUCAUUAAGGAAGAGAAGAACGAUACCACGGUUCGGUUAUUAGACCUGAAGAGAACCAAGAAUCUAGAAGCCUACGUGGAAUGGUUCAACCGUCUGAGUUAUCUUGUUGCGACGGAGGUCUGCAUGCACAUCAAGAAGAAGCACCGAGCCAAACUCAUUGAGUACUUCAUCGACGUGGCGAGGGAGUGCUACAACAUCGGCAACUUCAACUCUCUCAUGGCCAUCAUGUCUGGCCUGAACCUGAGUCCAGUCACAAGACUGAAGAAGACUUGGGGCAAAGUCAACAUGGACAAAUUUGAGAUUCUGGAGCACCAAAUGGACCCAACGGGUAACUUCACCACGUACCGUCAGUCACUGCGGGCGGCCAUGCAGAGGGCGUUGGGGGCCCAGGACGGGGCCUGCGAUAAGAUCGUCAUUCCCUUCUUUAGCCUGUUUGUCAAGGACCUCUACUUUCUGAACGAGGGCUGCAUGAACAAGCUUGCAAACGGCUACAUCAAUUUCCAGAAAUUUUGGCAGACGGCGAAGCAGGUGACGGAGUUCAUGACAUGGAAGCAGGUGGAAUGUCCCUACCCACGAGACAGGCAGGGUCUCAACUACUUACUCACAGCACCAGUAUUCUCUGAAAAUUCACUUUACUUAGCAUCGUAUGAGAGCGAAGGACCCGAAACAAACUACGAGAGAGAUCAGUACAAGACACUCAAGUUACAGUGCAACGCGGCCAACAAGUAGAUUCAAGUUGCUAGUUGGACCAAACAGUUGAUUGAACACUUGGUGCACUGAGCGACAAACAGUCUGUUUGAACAAUGCCCAAAGCACUCCGUCUCGUGAUGUACAACGCCAGAUGGUUCUCCAAAAUUGAAGCCAAAAGUCCAUCAUGCAAGAAUUGCCGAAUCUCGUGACCAUCGCGGAGCCGGUUCCAAUUUUUUGGAAAUCUGUCAAGUCUUGGGAAGGAAAAUCCGCUCGGGAAAAAAACAAUCCUACUACUUUAUCUGCACAUCUUCAUGGGCCAGCUUCAGCAUUAAAAACAAAUUGAAGGAAGGAUUUGGAGAUGUUCGUCGAUUGGUUCCUCGCCCAUUCCAAAGAGACUUCUUGAAAGCAGAGCUUAACGCUGUCGGUAAGAGGACACUGCAUCAGUCACUCUCAGAUUGAAUCCUGAUGACUGCCUUGUCUCAGCUCUCCUGAAAUAUGGUCAACAGAGGGCGCUAGACUGAUGACACAGUCACCUAGAGAUGAUAUUAAAGUGUCACUUCCUCCCCAGUCAACUUUUUGGCAAUUUUUUUGUUUUUCUUUGCUACUCACAAAUGGCAUAUUAUUGACCUAGAUAUUGUAAGCCUGUAUCCACAUUACCUGGCUGUGGCUGGGUAACACAUGCGACUAUGUGAAGUGGCUUCAGCUGCCUCCAUAGGUUUGUGUGUGAUUGCUAGCCGUAGCCCUGUAAUUCAGACAUGGUCUUCAUUUGAGUAACACUAUUGAGGCUGUACACAAGCUGAAGAAUUUCAAGCUGAAGAAUUUCAAGAUGUAUAAAUUAAGAAAAAAGUAAAAUUUGUCUUUUGUAUAUAAGAGAUGAUGUAUUCAGAGUCUAGACCAGAGGACUUUUAUUUUGAUUCAAAAACGACACGUUUUGGACAGUUUCUUUUUUUAUAUACAUAUUUUCUGAUUUAUUUUUCUGUUGCUGUUGACAGAUGUAUUCUUGCUGGUUUGUAACAGUUGCAUCUUCAAUUUUUUUUAGUAGUUUUAUUAAAAGGAAAAUUGUUUCUUUCAAGGUAUAUUCCAGACUUCAAGCAUCUUUCACUUUUUAUUUUAUUUUGGCAGUGUACUUUUACUGGGAAACACUGUUAAAAUCUUAGUAACAUUUUCUGUCGGACUUUUAUUUUUUUAAGAUAAAAAUGAAGCAAAUUACUUUUAUCUUAAAAACUUAUUCAGAUUCAGAAAGAUGAGUCACACGUCUUGUGAACCAGUUUGCAAAUUAUAAAAUCGUAUCAAUGCAAAUUGUUAAUUUUGGGGGGCAAGAAUUGGGGCAAAAAGGUGCCAUCUUAGCACAGAGAGCUGUCCCUUUGAUACUCAUUUGAACCAAAAACAGUACAAACCCAGCUACGUAAACGAUUUCCGAAUUUUUAAUGUGUGAAGUAGAGGUAUAUAUAUUUAAGGAAUCAUUUUCCUACUGAAAUCUUAUAUGGCUCCUGAUUAGUGCCCCUUGAACAAAGACAUUGGCAAAAUGGGGAACCACCAACAUAGGGCUGGAUAGCUCAGUUGGUAGAGCACCGGAACGGCAAUGCGGAGGUCACAGGUUCAUGCACUGCUCCAGUCAAUUUUAAUGUUGAACUUAAUAAUUAUGAAAUUUUGUACGACUGAUUCCCAUAAAGCUGAACGGACUCACAGCAUUAGAUGUCUUAUGAUGUAAUGGGAUUCUUGAAUGAAUGGAAAAAUAUUCAACAUUAGUUCUUGUGCCGUCGUAUAUUGGUGAAAUUGAUGCUUUUAGUAAUGAUAGUUGAUCAUCAAAAGAAUUGUACAGGUUGCAUACCAAAAUGAAACAAACUUCAAAUGAAAAUAAAACAAUUCAAGACUUUUGAUUGUUCAACUGUUUGACUAAUCAUCACCUCUAUUGCUUGAACAAAAAAUGGUGAAAGAAUCAAAAUAAUCAUGGAGUUAGUGAACAUUAUUCUAAUAUUUUUGUGAUCAUGAGAAUAUUUAAAAGUAACAAUCAAUCAACUUAAAAUCAAUGAAUUUUUGUAUGUAUUCAGUAAAUGCAACCUGCUGAUUCUUACUAUGAUCACAUCUAGCCAUUGGACUGUGUGAUAUUCAGUAUUAAAAGUUGUGUAACUUAUUGUAAAUACAAAGAGCUCUUUUUUUGUUUGUAAAAAAUUAUGUCAAGAAAGUAGCGAGAUGAGAAAUGAAAUUGCUUGUAAUCUUGCCUUAGAUUAUUGAAAAAUGUGAUACAAUUUUUGGGUAAAAUGAAACAAAAACACUUAACACCCCACUGGAAAUAUCAUGAGUCUAACUAAAUAUAUGAAUCAGGAUUUGUCAGAGAAUCAUGCCGGACAUAGUUUGAAAGUACAAAACAUGUAUGUUAGUUCAGUCCAGAUAGAAUUUGGUUUCAUACAGAUGAGUGUAAUGCAAAUUUUCAUUUACUUUAGCGACAUCUGAAAUCAAGACACUGUGGUCAUGUCGAAAUAAGACUGCAAUACUGAUGUCUCCCAUGCAUUCAUGAAGUCACUUCUGUUUCGAACAUUGAGUUAUUUUUACAAAUAAUAAACUCAACAGGUAUCCCGCAACAUAUGCAGGCAUUCUCACAAAAUUGAUGUGUAAUUUCAACAUACGAAUUUGACAGGAGUAACAUGUACAAUCAAUAACUUUAAUUUCUUUCAAAAAUGUUAUUCAGCAAAGAUAAUACUUCAGCCCAUAACUUGUAAAGUGCUUUCUGCUUCUCGUACAUUUCAAGAAAGUUGUACAGUUUAUGUAUAAAGGAAAAGAAACUCUGUUUGACAGAUGGCAAUAAACCAAAUGCCACAAGAAUUAGAGAAAUGUA